AUGCUGCUUUUUUAUUUCUCCCCCACACGUGUUGUUGACCUUAUCCUGGCACAGCCACCAAAGGGAAAAGUCCAUCAUGCUUUGGUUCCAUUUUCAGCUCCUGUACGACACAGCAGCGGCCACGGGAAGAGAAUGUUUAUUAUCAAGGCAACAAGUUUUUAUGAUACUCGAUUUCUUAACUUGUUGAGGUUCUAUGUUUUUCUGACGGGAAUACCAGUGGCACUAUUCAUAACGUAUGUCAACAUCUUCAUUGGUGAAGCUGAACUUGCAGAGAUUCCUGAAGGUUAUAUUCCGGAGUACUGGGAAUACUACAAGCACCCUAUAAGUCGCUGGAUAGCUCGUUACCUCCUUGACUCCCCUGAAAAGAACUAUGAGAAAGAGAUGGCUAUGCUUGAUAUUGAAGCCAAGAAAACUGAAAUGAGGCUGUUGGAGCUGGAAGCUCGAAGACUCAUGAGACACAGGGGAGAUGGACCUUGGUAUCAUUAUGAAACACCUGAUAAAAAUCUUAUUGACAAUUCUCCAAAAUCCACACCUGACAAUUAAACAAUUUCAAGAUAAUAUACAUUGUCUUAAAUGCAUACCAACAAAUGGUGAAUGAGCUAUGUAAUAUAUACAUCCUGCUGUGUACUGAUGGAAAUGAAUAAAAA